CCCGCAAGCCCGCAGUGCAGCAAACCUGCUGAGGUUGAGGGGAGAAUGAUGUUUUCUGGAGGUUUGUCUUCGGGUGGGUCUCCUCGUGGUGUGUCUCGCGAGGACGACAGCACGCGUCGAGGUCUGGAGGAGAAGAUGAGAGGCCUCAUGGACGAACUCAAAGAUAUGCAUAGGAAAAAGGAAGAGGUACUCACGCACCUGCAUACCCACGGGCACGUUCCUCCGACGCCCGGCCCGGCAACCAUCCACGCGCCGGAUGCUCUCUGUCUCCCUCUCUGUCUGUCUGUCUGCCUGUCUUUGCAAUGGGCCGCCAACGGCAGGCUGACAGGAAUGCGCGCAACGUCCGUUCCGAUUUGGACAGCUCCAUCCAGAGAUACAAGCGAGACAUCCAACAGGGGGUAAACGGUGGGUGGAGACAAAUCAUGGUCUGUCUGUCUGUCCCUGUGUAGGGUGAGAUUCAGAAGGCCGGUGCUUCGUUGGAUCUCCAGAUACAUCAGGCCCUGCGCACCAUGGACCAGCUGUACCAAGACUUCGACGCUGCAUCGGUCAGAAAGCGAAAUCUGUUCCGGUCGGCUGGCUGUGCACUGCAUGCCUCGAUUGAUUGCAGAAGGAGAACGCAGACCUGCAGUCACAGCUGGCGGGCCUCAAGUUACAGGUACGUACACACACACACACACUCAACUGGCGUCUGUCAGGCCUGUCGAUCUGUUUUUCUGUCUGCAUGGACCGGAUGUGUUGAUUCAGUUGAGGCAGGAGGCCGUCUUGUGUGUCCAUCGUCAAGGCAAGCAGCUGGAGGGCGAGGUGGCCAACACCACAAACAUGGUCAAGAGGCUGGAGGAGGACAACGCACUCGCACGGGGGGAACUCAAGGCCCUGUUAAUGGAAUUGAAUGAGUCCCAGCGGAAGAAGCGAUCGUUGCCACAGGAGCUGGAGGCCAGUUCAUCUUUUCUAUCGGGCCGCUUCACCUCCCUCGGUUCGACCAUAGCCGACACUCGGCAUAAGAUCAAGGACAGGCGACAGGAGGUGGACGCCACCAGGGGGCGCAUAGCACAACUCAAAGACACCCUCCGGAGACACGCCAAGGACCACCGGCGGGAGAUGCAUCAGCAGGCUGCCCGGAGCAAGUGUCAGCAGAGACUGGAAGUCAGUGUGGCUCGCGAGGGUGAGCAGAACGCCAACCUGAGGGCGGCACUGGAGGCCUGCCGUGCUGACUUGGACAGGAUCAUGGCCGACGUCAACAAGGGCCUCGCGGCACCCGCAGCCACCUCUUCACCUCAGCAUCAGCAGCAGCAUGGCGGUGAUCGGGCCAAGCGUAUGGGCCCGAUCACGGCGAGGCUGAUGCCAGCCAGUUGGCAGCCGCCUCAGAUUCCUCGGCCUCCCUACCACGGCGUCAGGCUGCUGCCCCGUCCUCCACCGCCACUGGGUCUGUCGCAGACGUCAGUUGUCAUGCCCCACACACCAGCACCAGCACCAGCAGCAGCAGCAGCAGCGAUGUCCUACUCGCAGAGCAUGCCUUUUCUUCCCCCGCCCCCCGUGCCACUACACACUGCCAUGCACCAGUAGUACCGAGAGACACCCAUGGUAGGGCCGGCCGGCCUUAUGCCCCGUUGAUCGCAUGGACAGCUUAGUGUGGUGCUUCAUUGGUUCCUUAGAGGUGUGCGAGUGCAGUAGCUAGCCGUAGACUGACUGAAUGACCAUUUCAUGGACCGACGGACGGAUGCGGGCCGGUCGCGCGAUCUAUGCCGCUGGGCUGAUGGAUGGGUGGAUGGAUGGAUGGGUUUUAUCAGUGAAUAUAUGGGUGUUUUGGCCGG